AUGGAUUGCUUCACCCCCAACACAAAAAGACUUUCUGAGAUGAAGGAGUGGAUAUACAGACUGGUUGGCUUUCUUUGUAGCCUCUUAUCUUCAGGAUGUGGAAUAAUCCUUGCAAACAGCAGAUACUGGCGCCUCUGGGAAUUCAAAGAUAACGUUGUUCAAUUUGUGUACAUUGGACUCUGGGAAGCUUAUUACUAUCAGGAAUUUCAGAUCUCUGGUUCUGUGACCAAAAUUCUGGUACACAGCCCGGUCAACUCGACCUGGACCAUUUCACCUGAAUUUCGAUGUGCACAGUCUCUGAUAUUACUGACAACGCUGAUAAAACCUGUUGUUGUGAUAUUUAGCUCAGCAGCCAUUAGGCUCAGCAUUAUCAAAGUGUCAGUCCCUGAGAUAGAAAUACUGUGCUACAAGUGCUCUGUCUUAAUUCUGGUACUCAGCAGCCUUUGUACAAUUAUUUCUGUGACCUGGAACCACGUAGUAGAUCUCUAUGGCAAAACCACCCUUGACUUUCCACCCACCUUUCCAGUUAAGAAAGCAGCCCUGGUAAAGAAACACACCACUCAUGUGAUCCCAGUAGCGAUCCUGACAUCCAGCCUUUCACUCCUCGGUGUGAUUAUGUUUCUCUUUGAGAUCAGGUCAUUAAAAAUACAGAAGAACCUGAAUACCCAGAUUUCAUCCAAACAGGCUGAUCAAACAGCCUGA